AUGGGCUCGCCAGCUGCCGAUGCCACGGCUCCGAAGGUCGUCGGGAGUUCCCACCAGGUAUCAAUAUCAUCGAUAUCUGGGAGGCCUAGAAAACCCGGCCGAUUCGAGCUCGACUGUGGGUCCAGUCCUUCGCCCACGGCGCGAACGACACGGCGAACGCGACGGCGGCCUUCUCGGCGACGCUCGGCACGUACCAGAACGGCCUCGACUCGUGCGACCAGCCGGAGACGCCCGUCUGGAUCUGUGUGGAAAUCAAAUUUCGGGCGCCCCACGCCAUCGACGCGAUGUUGUCUCCGUAGCUGCGUCUGCUCAGAUAACCUAACUCACUGGCCGAUUUCCACACAGGUCUGGAUCAUGGCCGUGGGCGGCUUCUUCGUGCUGCUCGGCGUCUGGUCGCUCGGCUGGCGCGUGAUCCGCACCGUCGGGUCCAAGAUCGCGACGGUCGACUUCCACACGGCCUGGUGCAUCGAGUUCGGCUCGACGCUGUCCGUCGUCAUCGCCACCAUCCAGGAGCAGCCCGUUUCUACCACUCACUGCCAGAUCGGCGCCGUGACGGCCGUCGCGCUGGCCUCGCUCGGCUGCAAGCACGUCCAGUGGUCCAUGCUCGGGAAGAUCCUCGUGUCCUGGAUCCUGACCAUCCCGACGUCUGCCGUCAUCGCGGCGAUCAUCCUCUGGAUCUUCCGGCCGGCCGUCUGCGCGUCGUGCCCGUGGUCCUGA